CUUCAGUUUGGUGCUUAAACGCGUUGCUCGUACUUCAUUAAGCCGUAAUCAAUUCAGGUGGUGUUGCUAUUGCUUAGUACACAUACUUUAAAAAUAUAUAGUCUUAUGUUGUGAACAUCCACCCAAAGUAUUGUUAAAUAGCUUAAAGGAAUUAAUAAAAAUACAAGAAGAAUAGUGAAAAAUAAAAUUAUACGCCAUUCAUACAACUAUGAAAGCCAUGGAUCUUAACGGAUUUUACCAAACUUUUAUUUCGUUCCUGAUAUGGGGUGCAUUUUCCAAUUUUCCUGAAGUAUUUGCAGUACGUGUUGCCAACUCACAGCAAAAUCAACCUAAGAAAGAAAAUCAACCAGAUCUUACACCAAUGGGGUCCUUCUGGCAGCAACAUGUGGCCACUCCUAGUAGUUCAACUCCAUUCGAUUCACCAUUUUUUUCGGCAACACACGGCCUUGUGCAGACUCACCCGUCUAUAGGUGGAAGCCACUCUGGGCCCGCUCCAUUAAAUGGCAAUAGCCUUGGGUCUGGAGCUCCAUCCUCAAUCCUAGCUGGUACUAAGCCAGCCCUAACCGCUGGAAGCGGUUACCUAAACUCACGCGGGAGUCUACCGACCUCUGCACGUUAUCCAGCUAAUAAGAUCACAGGAACCGUCGUGGAACCCAACCCAAAAUCUCCAUUCCGCCACUUAGAUUUCUCUACUAGUGCAACUGCCGAGCUGCGGCGCAAUCCUGCGCUAUCUGCUCCUGAUGAAUGUGCACGCGCUUGUCGCGAAGGCGAGCCUCCGAGAAUUUGCUACUAUCAUUUUACGUUGGAAUACUACACAGUAUUGGGAGCUGCGUGUCAAGUAUGUACUCCAAACGCAACGAAUACGGUUUGGAGCCAUUGUCAGUGUGUCUUAGCUGAUGGAGUUGAACGUGGAAUUCUAACUGCGAAUCGUAUGAUACCCGGGCCAAGCAUUCAAGUGUGUGAAAACGACAAAGUCGUUAUUGAUGUGGAGAACCAUAUGGAGGGAAUGGAAGUAACUAUACACUGGCACGGUAUAUGGCAACGUGGAUCGCAGUAUUAUGAUGGGGUGCCCUUCGUUACUCAGUGCCCCAUUCAGCAGGGUAAUACCUUCCGUUAUCAGUGGACAGGAAACGCUGGGACACAUUUUUGGCAUGCUCAUACCGGUCUACAGAAACUAGAUGGACUCUACGGCAGCGUCGUGGUUCGACAGCCACCAUCAAGGGACCCUAACUCCCAUUUAUAUGAUUUUGAUUUAACAACACAUAUAAUGCUUAUCAGUGAUUGGUUGCAUGAAGAUGCAGCAGAGAGAUAUCCUGGACGCUUGGCUGUUAACACAGGCCAAGAUCCGGAGUCUAUGUUGAUUAACGGAAAAGGCCAGUUUCGUGACCCGAACACUGGAUUUAUGACUAAUACUCCGUUGGAAAUAUUCACAAUUACGCCAGGACGUCGUUACCGCUUUCGAAUGAUAAAUGCAUUUGCUUCAGUCUGUCCAGCACAGGUAACAAUUGAGGGUCACGGCAUGACGGUUAUAGCAACCGAUGGUGAGCCUGUGCAUCCUGUUGAUGUAAAUACAAUCAUUUCCUUUUCAGGUGAGCGCUACGAUUUUGUUAUAAGCGCCGAUCAACCUGUUGGAGCUUAUUGGAUACAGUUACGUGGACUUGGUGAGUGUGGUAUUCGUAGAGCUCAACAACUGGCUAUCCUGCGUUACGCUCGUGGACCUUAUCAGCCAGCAUCUUCUCCGCCAACAUACGAUGUUGGAAUACCGCAAGGAGUCGUUAUGAAUCCUUUGGACGCCCAAUGUAACCGUCAACGUAACGAUGCCAUAUGCGUAAGCCAACUUAAAAACGCUCUUGAGAUUGAUCGUGGUAUAUUGGCAGAGAAGCCAGACGUAAAAAUAUUUUUACCUUUCCGGUUCUUUGUAUACCGGGCUGAAGAUCUGUUCCAGCCAAACACUUAUAACAGGUUUUUAGUCGCUUCGGACGCUGAUCAUCUUAUAUCACUUAUCGAUGAAGUAUCUUAUAUAUCACCACCUUCCCCGAUGCUAUCACAGUAUAAUGAUAUACCUCAAGAGUAUUACUGUAAUGGGGAUAAUCGGCCAGUAGAUUGCGGCGAAAACUGUCAAUGUACUCAUAAAAUAGAUGUACCUCUUAAUGCAAUAGUUGAGGUCGUUCUGGUGGAUGAAGUUCAACAGAUAAAUAUAAGCCAUCCAUUUCAUUUGCACGGUACCUCCUUUUAUGUACUAGGACUUGGGCGCUCCCCGGAUAAGCAAAUUCAACGAAUGAACUUAAAGCAUGCCCUGGAGCUUGACCAACGCGGAUUGUUGGAAAGACAAUAUUUGAAGCCUUCCUUGAAGGAUACUGUUGCGGUACCAAACAAUGGAUAUGCAAUUUUACGAUUUCGUGCAGAUAACCCUGGAUUUUGGCUUUUUCAUUGUCAUUUCCAAUACCACAUUGUAAUAGGCAUGAAUUUGGUGUUUCAAAUAGGUACUCCCAAUGACUUGCCUCCGGUACCACCUAAUUUCCCUCGUUGUGGCAACCAUUUACCACCCAUAAAGACUAUUUAAGCACCUCAUUCUUAGAUAUUUCAUUUCCAUUAAUGAAAGCAUAGAGGCAAGAUAAUAUUAGGAAUUAUGAUUGCAGCUCCUCAUCAAAUAAAAUGAAAUUGGAAGCUUAAUAUAUGUUUUAAGGAAGGCGAUAAGAAAUCAAAUAUUUGCCACUGUUGGAUUAAGUAAUAAAUAAAUCGUGGUAGAUGUGAGUAUGCAAGUAUGUGAGACGAUGAAAUCGUGCAAGGGAUGUAGAGGGACCACUGAGCGGGACCACUGAGCUGAUGCAGUGAAUUAUUAAAAAAAAAAGUUUGAAAGUUACGUCUCUGAAAAAAAGAUAGCUCCGGCGAUACAAGCAAUAACAAUACAACGAUCUCAACCAAAAAGUUAAAUAUUUAGAUAAGUAAAUAAAAAUUCGUAGAUUGAAACACUUGAGGAAGCUGUGGCACAGGUCUAAGUACAUCUUCGCGGAACCGCAGAAUUCUUAAGAAGGAAAAAAAAAACGUUCUGCAUAAAAAACGAAAAUGAAGGAAAUCAUAAGAGAAGCGGCGACAUGUCGGCAAACUUAUUUCCAGCAAACUAACACUCAAUGUACCCCAAUCGAGAAACCGUCGUUCAAAAUACCAUCAUUAUCGACAAAGCUAUUUUAAUAGUUGAAUCCACCUGAUUCUCAGCAGAAGACACGAAAUAAAAUAUAAUUACGUCGUUUUUGAGCUAAAAAAAAAAUCUUUUUUAGCUAUUUUUGAUAAAAGAAAGACGAUUUUUUUGUAGCGAUUUCGAACGAUUCUGUUUAACUGGUUUCAGCGAAAUACCCUAAGGCUAGGCUUCUGAUUUCGAUGGUAGCGGAAGUCCUGAAUGUCUCCGAUCCAUUACCAAACUGACUCUUAACUCGACUCCCAGGUGGCAUCUACUCAAAGGGUGCAGGAUUACCUCCCAGAUCACUGUCUACACCGAGUUAUUUGUCAGUGCCAGCGGUGGCGCAUAUACAGGUUCUGGCGCGAUCAAGAGUGACCGUUCAGUUUUUGCCCACACCGAUUGUAAGCGUUGGUUAGUGUGACAAUGGUCUUUUAAAUUAAUUCAUUCAUUCAUUACAUUUCAAUGAC